CCCGGUAGACUAUUUUAGUCUGUUACAAUACUUUCUCUGUAAUACUAUUAUUAAUUAUUUUGCUCUUCGUUUUUCCUUUCCCUCGCUCUCCGCUUGCUUUCCGAGAUCUCGUUCCUUCUGCAAUGGCGUACGAGCGAGUUCUUUUGGGAAUGGGGAACCCCCUCCUUGACAUUUCAGCCGUCGUAGAUGAGCCGUUCCUGGAGAAAUAUGGUGUCAAGUUGAAUGAUGCUAUUCUUGCAGAGGACAAGCACCUACCAAUGUACGAUGAAUUGGCUACCAAGUACAAUGUGGAGUAUAUCGCUGGAGGUGCAACACAAAAUUCAAUCAGGGUUGCCCAGUGGAUGCUUCAAAUUCCUGGGGCUACUAGUUUUAUGGGUUGCAUUGGCAAGGACAAGUUUGGGGAAGAGAUGAAGAAUAAUGCAAAACUUGCCGGUGUUAAUGUUCAUUAUUAUGAAGAUGAGUCUGCACCAACGGGUACAUGUGCUGCUUGUGUAGUUGGUGGUGAAAGGUCACUCAUUGCUAACUUGUCAGCUGCAAAUUGCUAUAAAAGCGAACAUUUGAAGAAACCAGAAAAUUGGGCAUUGGUCGAAAAGGCCAAGUACUUCUAUAUUGCUGGGUUUUUCCUCACGGUGUCCCCAGAGUCCAUUCUACUCGUAGCUGAACAUGCAGCUGCGAACAAGAAGGUCUUCUCGAUCAACCUUUCUGCUCCAUUCAUUGUUGAAUUCUUCAGGGAUCCUCAGGAGAAAGUUUUACUCUAUGCGGACUAUGUUUUUGGAAAUGAGACAGAAGCAAAAAUCUUCGCAAAGGUUCAUGGCUGGGAGACUGAGAAUGUCGAGGAGAUUGCUUUGAAGAUCUCCCAAUGGCCCAAUGCUUCAGGAACGCAAAAAAGGAUUACUGUGAUCACGCAAGGUGCUGAUCCAGUUGUUGUUGCUGAGGAUGGCAAAGUGAAAUUGUUCCCUGUGAUCUUGUUGCCCAAGGAGAAGCUUGUUGAUACCAAUGGAGCUGGAGAUGCUUUCGUUGGGGGAUUUUUGUCUCAGUUGGUUCAAGAGAAGCCAAUUGAAGAAUGUGUCAGAGCAGGGUGUUACGCAGCAAACGUUAUCAUCCAACGAUCUGGCUGCACCUACCCAGAAAAGCCUGAUUUUAAAUAGGCAUUUUCUCAUGAGAAUGUCUUCCUUUCUUUUCUGUGUGUGUGUUGAUUUUGAUGCAAAUGAGGCUCUGAACUGGUUGUGGUAAUUUUGUUUCACCAGUGCCUAAUGGGUAAUUUUGCUGAUAAUUUUAGUACUGGAUGUAUCUUUUAUAUUUUUUUUAAUGAUUUCCCCAGUCAGAU